AUGGCGAGCCUGCGCGGUUUGUACGGCGCCGGGGAACGGCCCGAGCUAAACACCAACUUCAACGUCGAUUAUGUCAUACACUACGAGAUCCCACCAAAAGACGGAUCCGAAGCCGAAGCAGCUUUCGUGCAGCUCAUCGAAGCCCUCGCAAACACCGGAUUCGCAACCGAAGUCCGCAGAGGCCAUAAGACCUCCCUCCUCGUCUUUGUCAAAAUCGCCUCCGAAGACCUCCUCAAGAAACAGAUCUACAAAUACCGUGUCCAAGAUUGGCUAUACGGCGUCCGAACCUCCUCCCCAAACAAAGACCUAUCUCAAUACUUUCGAGAUGAACCCAUCACUGAUGCUGAGCGAUUGAGGCUUGUCUAUCUGCUCAUCACGAAGCCGAAGAACGAAGGCGGUGCUGGUGUCACACCAAAGACGGGCCAGUGGAAAUACGUCCUAUCCAUAUUUCCGCUGCACAACCAUGCCUUCAACAGGGCCUGGAUCAAACAAUGGAGCACAAAGUAUUUCCUUGACGAAUCCGACCUAGGUGACAUCCGCGACAAGUUUGGAGAAAAGGUUGCUUUCUAUUUUGCCUUCCUACAGUCAUACUUUACCUUCCUGUUGUUCCCCGCUGCCUUUGGAUUCGGCGCAUGGCUCAUCCUGGGGCAGUACUCAAGUCUGUACGCUAUUGUAAACUGCCUCUGGUCCGUCGUGUUCUUCGAGUAUUGGAAGAAGAAGGAGGUAGACUUGGCGGUUCAGUGGGGCGUCCGAGGUGUCUCAAAGAUUCAACACCCUCGACCGCAAUUCGAGUUUGAGAGAGAGGCCCACGAUCCUGUGACUGGAGAGAUUGUCAAGGUGUACUCGCCGUACAAGCGUCUUCAGCGUCAACUGCUUCAAGUGCCUUUUGCAUUGGCUUGUGUCCUGGUUCUUGGGAGCCUGAUUCUCACCUGCUUUUCCAUCGAGAUCUUCAUCUCCGAAGUCUAUGAUGGACCUUUCAAGCAGUAUCUGGUCUUCUUGCCUACAGUCAUUCUCACUGUCGUCAUGCCAACCCUACAAACGAUCUUGACCGGCUUAGCAGAGCAACUGACUGCUGUGGAGAAUUAUGAAACGCAAGACUCUCACCAAGCCGCAUUCGUGCAGAAGAUUUUCGUGCUCAACUUCAUUACGUCGUAUCUGCCUAUAUUUCUGACCGCGUUUGUCUAUGUCCCCUUCGGCCGAGUCUUGGUUCCGUACCUCGAUAUCUUCCAAAUAACUGCGCAAAAAUUCACAAAGGAUGGAAAGGUCCAAACUAAGAGCUUUGAGAUCAACCAGGAUCGAUUGAAGAAGCAGGUCAUCUACUUCACCGUCACAGCACAGGUUGUCAAUUUUCUCCUUGAGGUCAUAGUACCAUACGUGAAACGCAAGGCAUUCAAAGCAGUCGAAGAAGUCCAAUCUGAGCUUCAGAAGGGCGGCUUCCAUCCUAAGGAUGUCGAAGAGGAAGCGGCUUUCCUUGCCCGUGUCCGCAAUGAAGCCGAGCUAGACGAGUAUGACGUGACUGUGGAUUACCGAGAGAUGGUCAUUCAGUUUGGCUACCUCGCGCUGUUUUCAGUCAUUUGGCCUCUCACCGCAUGCUCGUUCCUGGUCAACAAUUGGAUUGAGGCAAGGUCUGACGCGAUGAAGAUUGCGAUUGGGAGUCAGCGACCGAUUCCCUGGCGAGCCGAUUCUAUCGGGCCAUGGUUGACAUCUCUCGGAUUUCUAUCCUGGCUAGGUAGCCUCACAAGUGCCGCCAUCGUCUUCUUGUUCAGGAGCGACAUACAUGGACCAGACGGCCAUCCAUCUAACAUCAAGGCCUGGGGUCUUCUGCUUAGCAUCCUUCUAGCCGAACACCUCUACCUAGUGGUACAGAUUGUCGUUCGCUAUGUCCUAAGCAAAGUUGACAGCCCCGGUCUUCAAAAGGAGCGAGCGCAGCGGUUCGCUAUGCGGAAGCACUUGCUCGAGGAGACACUUGGGACGGAUCUUGCGGAGAGUGCCGCCGGACCGGGCUUCAGCGGGGGCGAGAAAAUCACCCGCGAAGCCCUGGAGGAGGAAGCUCGAGAGGCAUCUAUCAAGGGCCAGGGUACACCCGAGGAAGCGUUCUGGCAGCGACAGCGCGGUGCUUCCGAGACGAUCCAAGUCGGCCGUCGUUUGAUUACAGAAGUGACAACGAACCAGACGAAGUCAGCCAAGGCUUGA